AUGUGUGAGAAGACAGAGAACGAUGCAGAUUAUGGAUGUUUGGUCUUAUGCGAUAAAGUCCGCGUCGCGGAGAGCAAACACUCAGCCAAUCACAACCCCGCGGAGCAACUAAGCGGGUACAUAUCACCUGACCGCGCACACUUUUUCUGCUACAAAAAGCUGAACUUCACAUUCCUCUUGACCUUCGGUUUCUCCCAAGACCUUGUAACCAUCUACCAUUUGCCUGGUUCAGUCAAAAUGUUGGACUUCUACUAUGUCACAGUGGAUAAUGGUUCUAUUGUCAUCAAUUCCAGGUUUAACCUGAUGAUCAAUUCACCCAUGAUCACGAAACAAAUGAACGUGAACGUUGAGAUUGAGAUCUAA